GCAAGAGGCGAACCGUCACACAGGAGCAGAGCAGAAGCGCAUCAGCAACGCAUCCGAACAUCUCAUCCUAUUGAAGCCCGUUUAUUUUGUGCGCGACUUUUACAUACAUGUGUACAAUUUCCAGUUUGCAGACAACACAGUUUAUUGUUUAAUGUGAAGACAAACCGGCCUCAUCCUCACCGACUAUCCGCCGGCAUUUCGGAAAUAUCCAAGGAGAGUUGUUCCGCUCCCCGAGCGCAAGGCUUGCAUCGUGGCUCUGUCAGAAGUGGCAUGUUCGAGGGAUACCGCGGACACCAAUGAACUCCUGCUUUCACCCAAAGAGGAUUCAAUGAAAAUGUCCGUGUGUGUCCAUGAGAACAGAAAAUCCCGAGCCAGCACUGGCUCUAUGAACAUCUACCUGUUCCACAAGUCCUCCUAUGCGGACAGUGUUCUCAUGCACCUCAACUCGCUGCGGCAGCAACGGCUUUUCACAGACGUCCUGCUUCAUGCAGGUAGCCGCUCCUUCCCGUGCCAUCGCGCCGUGCUGGCUGCCUGCAGCCGCUACUUUGAGGCCAUGUUCAGCGGUGGGCUGAGGGAGAGCCAGGCCAGCGAGGUCGACUUCCGUGGCUCCAUCCACCCGGAGGUUUUAGAGCUCCUGCUUGAUUAUGCAUACUCGUCACGUGUGGUCAUCAACGAGGAAAAUGCAGAGUCCCUAUUGGAAGCUGGGGACAUGCUAGAGUUUCAGGACAUCCGGGAUGCCUGUGCCGAAUUCCUAGAGAGAAACCUUCACCCGUCUAAUUGCCUUGGCAUGCUCCUGCUGUCUGAUGCCCACCAGUGCACCAAGCUGUCAGAGCUCUCCUGGGGCAUGUGCCUCAGCAAUUUCCCCGCUAUUUGCAAGACAGAAGACUUCCUCCAACUGCCCAAAGAUAUGGUGGUGCAGCUUUUGUCACACGAGGAGCUAGAGACAGAAGAUGAGAAACUGGUUUAUGAAGCUGCCCUUAACUGGAUCAACUAUGACCUGGAAAAGAGACACUGCCACCUUCCGGAGCUCCUGAGGACUGUCCGUCUGGCCCUGUUGCCUGCCAUCUUUCUCAUGGAGAAUGUUUCGACAGAAGAGCUGAUCAAUUCCCAGUCCAAGAGCAAGGAGCUGGUGGAUGAAGCUAUCCGAUGUAAGCUGAAGAUCCUGCAGAAUGACGGUGUAGUUAACAGCCCGUGUGCCCGACCAAGAAAGACCAGCCAUGCCCUAUUUCUUCUGGGAGGGCAGACUUUCAUGUGUGACAAGUUGUACCUUGUGGACCAGAAAGCCAAAGAGAUCAUCCCCAAGGCUGACAUUCCCAGCCCCAGGAAGGAGUUCAGUGCCUGCGCCAUCGGCUGUAAGGUGUACAUCACUGGUGGGAGAGGCUCAGAGAAUGGUGUGUCCAAAGAUGUGUGGGUCUACGACACUGUCCAUGAGGAAUGGUCGAAGGCAGCGCCCAUGCUCAUUGCCAGGUUCGGCCAUGGCUCUGCAGAGCUGAAACACUGCCUCUACGUGGUAGGAGGUCACACGGCAGCAACUGGCUGCCUCCCAGCUUCUCCAUCUGUAUCACUCAAACAGGUGGAGCAGUUUGACCCAGUGGCAAACAAGUGGACCAUGGUGGCUCCUUUGAGAGAGGGUGUAAGCAAUGCAGCAGUGGUCAGCGUCAAGCUCAAGCUCUUUGCCUUUGGAGGAACCAGCGUCACCCACGACAAGCUACCCAAGGUGCAGUGCUACGAUCCGCAGGAGAACCGAUGGUCUGUGCCCGCGUCCUGCCCGCAGCCGUGGCGCUACACAGCCGCUGCCGUGCUGGGAAACCAGAUCUUUGUCAUGGGUGGGGACACAGAGUUCUCAGCAUGCUCGGCUUAUAAGUUCAGCAGUGAGAGCUACCAGUGGACUAAAGUGGGUGACGUGACGGCGAAGCGGAUGAGCUGCCAGGCUGUGGCAUCGGGGAACAAACUGUAUGUGGUGGGUGGGUACUUUGGCACACAGCGGUGUAAAACUCUGGACUGCUAUGACCCCGUGCUGGAUGCUUGGAACAGCAUCACUACUGUGCCAUACUCGCUCAUUCCCACUGCUUUCGUCAGCACCUGGAAACAUCUGCCUGCAUGAGCCCCAAACCCUCUACCUACACUCUUUCCAUUAGAUUUCCCUUUUUUUGCUUCAUCUACUGGACUCCAACUGUGAAGUAGCACACAUUAUCUUCCUCUCCUCAGAGACACCGAGCAGUGAUGUACAGACACCCGCAUUCAUCUUGAUGUCGCAAAGAUGCAGAAACUGGACAAAAGCGCUGGACACUUCACUGAAAUGAUGUCGUCUCUCAUUUCCGAGAAGGAAGCAGAGGCAUACCGUGCAGUAGAUCCCGCAAAAAAAAAAAAAAACAAACAAACCGCUGCUUGUUAUAAGAGGCACAAACUCCAACCUUGUGUACAUCUGGCAUAUUAGGCUUGUGCUUUCAUGCUGCCAUAUGAGGACUGCAAACAUAUCGCACAUCCUGCAUUUUUCCCAAUUAGUCAUGACGGGCUUGUGAGGAUCUGUGUUGAUGUUUUUCUCUAUGGUAAAAAAAAAAAGAAGAAAAAAAAUACUCUUUUUCAUCGAGGCUGCAAUGUAUAGCAUGAUGGAUGUUCUAUUUAGAUUGAUGGAGGGAGAAUGCAAUGAUUGGUGUGCUAAAGAACAGAACUCAGUUUGACUGAAUGUAGCUGAUUUAUAAAAGACACAAUGAAGGAGCAAAUCUCCACCUUCUCUUCUCUAAUAAGCUUUUUAUGUUUGACCCCUUGUGACUAAUUUCUUCUUCUUUCAAAGACAUGCUUCUCACAGCUCUGACAAAGAAACAAACCCAUGAGUGUGUUCCUCAGGCUUUGGCAGUUUGCUGUCACUGCAAGCCGCGAAGUGUUGACGACCAACACCAGCUGAGGUUGAGGAGGAUGGAGGAGGGGUCACAACCUUAUAUGUUUGCUGUUUUGCAGCUACGCAUUAACGCCCACUGAGCGCCGGUUAACUAACCCACUGUACACAGGGGCGGUAUUCAGUGUUUGGAUUCAGCGCUUCAGAAAGAACACAAUCACAUUCAGCUGUACACUUAAUGCAGUAUAAGCCUGGCUGCGCUUCUGUUAUUCUGAUAAAAGCAGUUGCUCGCUCGCUGAGUCAUAGCUGAACCCUUUCUAGAGCAUGUCCACUCAUCGUGAUUCAGUAACAACCGGCAUGAACUCUUCUCUGUAGUCACAGAAAUCUUGUCACCUUAAUCUAAACUGAGAACAAAUCAGUUUCUUUUUAAACUUGCUGCAAUGUAGUCUUAAUUUAUAUGACAAUGCUUACUCUGUUAUGUUAAUAUGUUUAAUCCUAUUUAUUUCUUCUCUGCCUGCAUUAUGUGUAUGUUUGGGUUGUGUCUUGCAUGGCCAGGUGUUGUGUUUUAUUUGAUCUUAGUUGGGCUGCAUUUUGCACAGUUCAGUCUUUCCCAGGAGGAACUUUAACUUCUUUCACAAGAGACGGAGGCGGACCUCUCACAGAGUAUUUAUGAGGGAGGGAGAAUUAAUCGGAUUACUGACGGCGUGAAGCAGUUUAGGCCACAGGGUCGCUGCUCAAGUAAGAAGGCUGAAUGGGGUGAAAGACAUUUUCACAUUUUUUUCUUAAAGAUACUCUUUAAUCUCUAUCCUGGGUCCAAACCUGUCUUAAAUCCUCACGUCGGGGCCCUAACUGUACCAACAAAACAAGAAGAUUAUCAACCAUAAAACAGAUAAGGCUGCUGGAACGGUGCAGUAUGUGGCCCAGUAACUAACCCUGACAUGGUUAAGAAUGUGACAGUCUUUGCCGCUGUCCUUGGGACAGCUGGAGGACUGUCACAUGUGCAAACGUGGCUCUUCAGGGUGUUAACCCAGAGUCCUCUUCACCAUUUGGUUGAGAAAGAGUUGAAUCCAGUAAGCUGUGCAUUGAUAAGGGCAGACACCGCAGUGCUUUUCACCAUAGUGUCAAUGAUCCACAAAAAAAAAUUUGCAAGCUCCUAAAGACCAAAAAGAGAGAUUGUCUUAAACACUUGCAUAUGAAAUAUUUGGUGAGUCUAAUCAGUGUUUUGUCUCUAUGUCUGUCAAUGUGACCUGAAUAUUGACGGUUUACAAUUGAAUAUUAAUGAAACCAUUGAAUUUCAAUGUAAGGGGUAAUGUUUAGUGGAAUAUGUAUAUAUAUUUUUUUUUUUUUCAAAUGUCCUUCCAUGUGGAUUCAUUAAACAAAUACAAUCUGUUGGGAAAAAUUGGUAAACAGCUCUGUAAAUUCCUGCUCAGCUCCUUAAGCCACCCAAAAGUUCAUCCCUUUAUUGGCAAUUUCAGGACCUCUGUGGAGACCCUCGGGGCUCCAUAAUGUUGACCUCCUCCAACCACUGAACACGGACCCUUUGGCCCCACCAAUCAGAUAGGAGCAUUUAUCUCCCAUAGAAAGCAAGUUUCCCCGGCAACAGCGAGUAAUGAAUGCCCCUUCAAUUUGCACCUAAUUGCCGAGUGGCAUUUCCCACUUCUACUCUUAACCUUUGCUCAUCCUCCGUUUUUAUCUGGAACUCCAGCUGCCUCUGAUUGGAGCGCAGUAUCUUUGCCUAGUAUAAUGAUGUAAGUUAGACAGAAAACUGUCAAUGUGCAUCGGUUUCAUUUAUCUUUUGUCAUGUAAGAGUUUAAUUUCUAUUUUUUAUGGCAUUAUUUUGUACAUGUGAUUUUUUUCACAAUGUGAAAUUCAUGGCUAAUAAACAUAAGAGUUUUUUCCUCUUGACUGUAAAA